GACAAAGUAUGACUUGGGCAGCGGAGCUGGGGCCUAGAGCUAUCUCCAACUUCAGCUCCAGAGUCUCUGGUUUCUGUUCAAGGACAAAUGGCACAGCAUACUUUCCAAGAUCAAGAACAAAGGACCUCCAUACAGCAGAAUAGUGCUCAGAAUGGUCAACUGGACCUCAAGUCUGAGAGCCAGUGAGGAAUUGAGAAGCCUGAAACUUGUAGGAAGAUGAAAAUCUGUUCCAAGAGUAUGAAGUCUCUUGAAGACAGCUGCAGGACUAUGAGGUGAAACAGUGCUGGAAUCUCUCCACUAGACUCCUGGUUUCCCACAGAGGUUUUCCCAUUCAUGAUGGUUGUCAAAAUUGAUGUUUCUGUGAAAAUCCACUGAUGACACCAUGCAACCAAAGGAAAUACAGCUAACAAUAACUGAAGCCCUCUGGGACCAAGUACUAAUGGCUUUUAGGGAUAUACAAAAAGAGCUGCAGGAAGAUGCUCGGAUUCGAGGUAAAAAAGCAGUAUUUCAAGGUUUGGAUAAGCCAAAAGUGGUGGGAGGGAACAAGAGGGAGUUCAACCCAAAGUUUCAUCUUUCCUUUGGGGAUGAGCAACUGCUCCAUGAUACCCAGGUCAUCUGCAUUUGGGACUGGAUACAGUCCUUCCUGAACCAGGAAAUGAAGGCGAACUCCCUGACCCUGUUUGAACCAAAUUUGAUCCUUUCUCAGACAGCUGGCUCUAGUGAAAUAAAAACCAUAAGAGACAGAUCAUUAUACUUUAAAUUGAUCAGUGCUAAAACCAUGAAAGGAAUAACUGACCGGUAAUCUCAUCUUUACAUACAUUUUAAGUGUAAUUACUGUAAACCUUUAUAACGAGAAGCACUUUUGUUUGGUAAAAACCAUAUUGGAACUAUGAUUUUACUUAAUUUUAAUAUUCCUCUGAGGCAAGCAUGAGGAACUAUCCUGACUUUCCUGAUGAGGACACAAGCUCUCAUAAGCUAUGACACUACAUCUCCUAAGACCUAGCAAGGGCUAUUCCCUGUGGGCCACAUGAUCACCAGAGAAUUGCAACUCCCAGAGCUAGUGAUUCCCAUUCCUGGUGGAAUGUGAUGAGAAAAUCCUUCAAGACAGUGAAAGCCAGGACAGGGGGGAGGGGUGGAUGAGAUCACUCUCCGCCAUAUAUUCACAAUCACAACCUUCUCUUAUUG